CGGGUGUUGCUGGGAUCCUCCAGCCAGUCUCCUAAGUAGCUGGGACUACAGGCUCACACUACAGUGCUAGGCUCAUUCAACUUUUACUGAGCACCUACUGUGUGCCAGCCACUAUUCUAGACCUGACCCUGCCCUCAUGGAGCUCAGACCCAAGAAGGAAGGCAGGCAGAAUCCAGAAAGCUCAUUUAAUGCUUUCUUUCUUUCCUUCUCUCUCUCUCUCUUUCUUUCUUUUUGAGACAGAGUCUUGCUCUGUUGCCCAAGCUGGAGUGCAGUGGCAUGAUUUUGGCUCACUGCAACCUCCUCCUGGGAUUACAGGGGCGCACGACCACGCCCACCUAAUUUUUGUAUUUUUGGUAGAAAUGGGAUUUCACCAUGUUGGCCUGGCUGGUCUCCAACUCCUGACCUCAAAGUGAUCCGCCCACCUCAGCCUCCCAAAGUGCUGGGAUAAUAGGUGUGAGCCACCAUGGCCUGCCCUCCUUUAAUCUUGACUGCCUUUCUCCCUAGUCUCUCUGAGUCCGAGGAUAGAAUUUUAGUCUUCACAGUCUGAAAUCACCCUCGGGGAUCUGUCUGUUUAUACGGGGAUCCUGCUCCCUCACCAGCCCCCGCUGGGUUUGUAGGUUGCUGCUGCCCCAAAGCCUGGCCACAGUGCCCAGCACAUAGUAGGCACUUGGGAAGCAUAUGUAAAAUGAGCUAAUAAAUACAAUGAUGGCGCAAAAGCAGGCUCUUCGCGAACGAGAUCUCGGAAUCCUGGGUGUGUGUCAUUACCCAUUUUGCAGAUGAGGACAUUGACUCAGGAAGGCAAAGCUGCCUGCCGGCCCCGCAGCUCAGUGAUAGGUGGCUAUGGGAUGUAGCAGAAGCAGCAAGGGUGGACCCCAAAAGCGUUCCCAAUUCCCCCUACCCCCACCCCACAGGCAGGAGAGACACAGCAGCGUUUGCACAGAUGGGGGUGGGUGGGCACCGGGGACAGAGGGACAGUGCAAAGCGACUUAGGGGUGUCUCCUUCUCAGUCCCCAGGGCUGGAAGUGCUGUGCUGGUGAAUUAGGAAAUGCUUGGCGUUGAUGGGGACGCUUCCGGCGCCCUGUCCCCAGUUCUGGAAGCUGAGGCUCCGGGGACCCUGUUUUGCUGAAGCUGGGCAGCUCCAGGCUCCAAAGCCGGGAAGAGAGACCCCACGCAUAACCGGGAAUCCCCGACAUCUGGGAUUCUCUCCAAACACCCACAGCCUGAUGACCGGGCCGAAGCCCUACAGGGCGUACGGUGGGGGUGGGGGUACGGCUUUCCUGGGGAGCCAGGGAACCCCGUACCGUCCUGGCCCCCUCCCUCCACGGCACUGGGUCCCCCUCCCCACCGCAGCUCGCAGCCCCAAGCUUACCUUGCGGGGGGGGGCUGGGGAGGGGAUGCCCUGCCCUCUCCGGCCUGGGGGGCGGGAGGGGACGGGGGUGUCCAGACCCUUUGUUUGCUGGUGUGAGUGUGUAUGUGUGUGUGCGAUUGUGAGAGCCGCCGGGGUGUGGGUCCGUGCGCGCGCGUGCUCGGGCUGUGACGGCCUCUGAUGUGCUGGACUGCCAGGGUGGAGAGUAAGAGGGAGGGGGAGGAGGGGGGACUCCCCCGCCGCUGCCCGCCCACUCGCGGGUUUGAAUGAAGCGCGAGGAGGAGGGGCUGCGGCGGGAGGGCGUUUUUGUCCGAUGGCCCCUCCCACUCAAUGCACCGGGAAAUCCCCCCACAACUGGAGACCUUCGCUCGCUCUCUCCAGGCCGCGCCUCCAACGUCUGCUCCAGGGGAGACUAGGAAGAGGCGCCCCUCACCCGGGUGGCUGGAGCUCCUCCUAUCCAGCCUGCCCCACGACGGAGCACCCGUUAAUCUGAGAUAAUCCUAGCCCGAGGCUGCAACACGGCCUGUUAUCCCGGUAUCAAAGCGUGGAUUGGGUUGCAUGAAAGUGUGAGGCUGGGGCCCGGCAUGCUUAAAGUAAUGGAGUCCUUAGAGCUCUGGCGGAGGAAGGGGACCCCCAGACGAACGGGGAGGGGCUACGCGUGGCCCUAGACUGUGACGACAAGGAAAGCCCCCUUCCACCCCUCCACGAUCCCCCACCACCGAGCGCGGGGCCAGGAGUACGCGCUGCGGCCUAGACUCUAGCGACACCCAGCGGCCACGAGGGGAGGGGCGCCGAGAUCCGCUGGGGGGGGUCUCCCGGAGAUUUUGUGUGUGUGUGUGUGUGUGUGCGUGCGCGCGCGCGCGCGCGCGAGUCCUCGCUGCGAAUGGCAGGAGCUGGAGGACGAGGAGAAGGCUGUUGUCCGAGGGGGGGAAACCCCAGCUUCCCAGGCGGGGCCACAAUCUCCACUCCAGGUUUAACCCCGCAAGGGGAGGGCCAUACUGCCCUCGAUUUAGACACCCCCAGGGCAGGUCAGUCCUCCUCGAACUGAGACAGUCAGAGUCAUCAAGCGCCCCUCUCAAGCGCAGGCUUAGGUCCCCGUUUACGAGGGGCGGGGGAGAGCCUUCCCCCUUGUCCCUACCCCUUGCAGACGUCACUGCGGCGUGGCUGAGGGGACAGUCCUCUCUGCCUCAUCAACCGUCCUCUCGCUGCCGCCCCAAACGCCCACCGCGGGGCGUUGGGAGAUGAGGAGGGCUUGGAGUUGUAGCGCCCACACGUAUGCCCCCGCCCCGAGGAGGCCUAGCUGAGACCCAGCGCCCAAAGAGGUAGUCUCUGCGAGAACUCCUGGGGUCCGGAACACUUGCGCAGGGCCCUUUAAGGCAGGCUCGGUAGCCAGUGCCGCUGCCGCGGUUACUAAGGAUGUGACGUCACGGGAGGGCGGGGUUGCCCGCAGUCGGGCGGAAGCGGAAGGGGCGGGGCUCGCUCGCCGAGUCUCCAGCUCUGCCGCCACCGCCACCACCCGAGCCGGAGCGGGGCUGGGCUGCCGAGGCAAGAUGGUGGACUACAGCGUGUGGGACCACAUUGAGGUGUCUGAUGAUGAAGACGAGACGCACCCCAACAUCGACACGGCCAGCCUCUUCCGUUGGCGGCACCAGGCCCGGGUGGAGCGCAUGGAGCAGUUCCAGAAGGAGAAGGAGGAACUGGACAGGGGCUGCCGCGAGUGCAAGCGCAAGGUGGCCGAGUGUCAGAGGAAGUUGAAGGAGCUGGAGGUGGCCGAGGGCGGCAAGGCAGAGCUGGAGCGGCUGCAGGCUGAAGCGCAGCAGCUGCGCAAGGAGGAGCGAAGUUGGGAGCAGAAACUGGAGGAGAUGCGCAAGAAGGAGAAGAGCAUGCCCUGGAACGUGGACACGCUCAGCAAAGAUGGCUUCAGCAAGAGCAUGGUCAAUACCAAGCCUGAGAAAGCAGAGGAGGACUCAGAGGAGGUGAGGGAGCAGAAACACAAGACCUUCGUGGAAAAGUAUGAGAAACAGAUCAAGCACUUUGGCAUGCUCCGCCGCUGGGAUGACAGUCAAAAGUACCUGUCGGACAAUGUCCACCUGGUGUGCGAGGAGACGGCCAAUUACCUGGUCAUCUGGUGCAUUGACCUAGAGGUGGAGGAGAAAUGUGCACUCAUGGAGCAGGUGGCCCACCAGACAAUCGUCAUGCAGUUUAUACUGGAGCUGGCCAAGAGCCUGAAGGUGGACCCCCGGGCCUGCUUCCGGCAGUUCUUCACUAAGAUUAAGACAGCGGAUCGCCAGUACAUGGAGGGCUUCAACGACGAGCUGGAAGCCUUCAAGGAGCGUGUGCGGGGCCGUGCCAAGCUGCGCAUUGAGAAGGCCAUGAAGGAAUACGAGGAGGAGGAGCGCAAGAAGCGACUUGGCCCCGGCGGCCUGGACCCUGUUGAGGUCUACGAGUCCCUCCCGGAGGAACUCCAGAAGUGCUUCGAUGUGAAGGAUGUGCAAAUGCUGCAAGACGCCAUCAGCAAAAUGGACCCCACCGACGCAAAGUACCACAUGCAGCGUUGCAUUGACUCCGGCCUCUGGGUCCCGAACUCUAAGGCCAGCGAGGCCAAGGAGGGGGAGGAGGCGGGUCCCAGGGACCCGCUGCUGGAAGCUGUUCCCAAGACAGGUGAUGAGAAGGAUGUCAGCGUGUGACCUGCCCCAGCUGCCACCACCAUCUGCUUGCAGGCCCCUAUGCGCCCCUUUUCAGCAAACAGAUAGAUGCCAUCUCCCCUGCUCCUGGCCUCCUCCACUUGCGCUGCUCGGCCCAGCCUGGGGGGCCCACCCAACCGUCCCUGCCCUCUCCACUGUCCCCACUCUCCAGUGCCCAUUCAAGUCUCUGCUUUGAGUCAAGGGGCCUCACUGCCUGCAGCCCCCCAUCAGCAUUAUGCCAAAGGCCCGGGGGUCCGGGGAGGGGCAGAGGUCGCCAGGCUGGUCCAUCAGGUAGUAGGGGAGGGUCCCCAGCCAAGGGGUCGGCUCUGGUCACUGGGCUCUGUUUUCACUGUUUGUCUGCUGUCUGUGUCUUUUAUUUGGCAAACAGCAGUGAUGUUCCAAUAAAGGAUUUCAGAUGCUC